GUAAUAUUUGGAUCCCCCAAUCAAAACGAGCAUGGCGCCGCGUUUUUAAUCUAGGUCAUAUACAUGUAAUCAUAAUUACAAAUGCUGACAUUGUGCUCCCAAGGACGCAUGUUCGCCGGUUGUCUCUCUGCUGUUUUGCUGAAUUUUUCUUCAACACUGACGAGUACAGUAUGUUAUCGGAAGUGAAGUUCGCGGUUGCGGACUAUAUCAUAUGUAGUCUUGCCCUAUGCGUGUCCAUUGGCAUUGGGUUAUAUUAUGCAUGCUCUGGUGGGCGCCAGGGGACUACCACGGAAUAUCACCUUGGAAACCGGAAUAUGAACUUCCUGCCAGUGAUGUUCUCGCUGAUGGUGACGUCACAAUCGUCCAUUUUGAUUUUGGGUGUCCCGGCUGAGGUCUACCUCUUCGGAUAUCUGGCAGCGUUUGUUGGUUUCGGGUUCUGGUUUGCUUUCUGGGUGGCUGCUCGUAUCAUUAUUCCCGUAGUUCACCCACUAAAAAUCACCAGUAUUAAUGAAUACUUCGAGCUCAGAUACCGGAAUAACAGAGUGCGCAUUCUGACGACUUCAUUCUCCUUCAUGUUUUGGUUUAUAUAUCUUGGGAUUGUUACAUACGGUGUAUCCACGGCUAUUCAAGCAGUUCUAGGAGCUCCAGUAUGGUUGUCUAUCGUGAUUGUAUCCACAGCAAGCAUGGUCUAUACUGCGUUAGGAGGCAUCAAAGCUGUGAUAUGGACUGACGUCAUACAAUAUCUCAUUAUGGUGAUAUCAGUUUUAGCCAUUCUUAUUCAGGGUUCGAUAAAGGUUGGAGGUGGAUCAGAAGUACUACGAACAAAUUCGAACGCAGGAAGACUUGACAUAUGGAAUUUCAGUAUGGACCCCACUCUCCGCUUCACUCUAUGGAACGUGUUUAUAGGGAACGGUGCCAAGUUGUUAUCAUUUUCAUUUUCCCAGUCCAGUGUCCAGAGAAUUGGUUGUAUGCCAUCAAUUAAGGAGGCUUACAAACUGUUCUUCAUGGUUGCUCCACUAAUGACCUUCACAUUCAUUUUGGCGGGAAGCAUGGGUCUUGUGGCCUAUGCCUAUUUUGAAAAAGUUAGAUGUGAUCCAUUGGCAUCAAAAUUCAUCAAAAAUCCAAAUCAGCUGGCUCAAUUGGUGUUGACAAUUCCAACAGGUCCUUUCACUGGGAUAUUGCUAUACAGUAUUUUCUGCACCUCUGCAACAACAGCGGGAGCUAUUAUCGGUGGCAUUGUCUCGUUUAUUUUCUACCUUUGGAUGGCCAUUGGUAAUAUUAUGGUAGAAGGUUUUAAUAAGAUUUACACCUUGUCCUUUCAAUGGUUUGACCUCAUUGCCAUUGUUCUUGUGAUCAUCAUUGGAUUAAUCGUCAGCCAAAUUGUAGGCGCCCCCAAAGAAGAAGAUGUUGAUGCUAGUUUCAGCGCGGACCCAACUCUUCGCUUUACAAUAUGGAAUGUGAUUAUUGGAGGUACAGCAAAAGUUAUAGCUUUUCCAUUUUCCCAGUCGAGCAUUCAGAGGAUCGGGUGCAUGUCUUCAAGAACUGACGCUUACAGAAUGUUCAUCAUCGUUGCCCCACUGAUGGCGCUGACGUUCCUAUUGGCUGGGGGUAUGGGACUAGUUUCCUACGCCUAUUUCGCUGACGUCAGAUGUGACCCACUGGCAUCAAAGUUUAUCAGCAAUCCAAAUCAGAUUUUACCCACGCUGGUCUCCGAGAUAUUUCAGGAACACCCCGGAAUGAUGGGUCUAUUUAUAGCUGGUCUGUUUUGUGCAUCUUUAAGUACAGUGUCCAGUGGUUAUGCUGCUUUGUCUUCAAUGACCUUACAAGACAUAAUCAAAAAGAAGUGGACGACAUUGUCAGAUAAAAAAGCUACAUACCUUUCCAAAAUAACAGUGGUGGUGUUUUCAAUAUUAACCACGGGGAUGUCGUUAUUGCUUGCUAACGUAAAGGGAACACUGCUAAAGCUGGCGCAGAUGGUGCUGACAAUACCCAUGGCGCCUUAUGCAGGGAUAUUCUUAUAUAGCAUUUUCUGCACCUCUGCAACAACAGCAGGAGCAAUCGUCGGUGGCAUAGUUUCGUUGAUGUUUUACCUAUGGAUGGCCAUUGGUAAUAUUGUACUUAGUCCGCCCGGAGUGGAGAAAAAGCUAGAUCCGGCCCCAGUGGACAUGUGUUCUGAGAAUACAACGACCUACACGAACACUACAACCCCAUUAGCCCACGGACUCAAUAUUACAGGGGCCGCCGUUAGCACAACACCAGCAGCAUUAGAAGGCUUCAAUAAGAUCUACAGUUUGUCUUUUCAAUGGUUUGACGUCAUCGCCAUUCUUUUGGUUAUCAUAGUUGGUUUGAUCGUCAGCAAAAUUGUGGGUCCUCCAAAAGAAGAAGUAGAUGCAAGAUAUGUCUUGAACUUUACGGAACAAUUUUUUCCUUGUUUGCCAGCAAAAGUUAAACAUGUACUAUCAUGCGGCUCAACGAUACCAAAGAGGCGGAGACAAAUAAAAGAAGAAAAACAGAAGACCCAACAUAUUGUGCUUGACACUAAGCCUUCAGAAAAACACAGCGAUUCAUCGGGUCCCGGACAAACAGGAAACGACCCCUAAGUCGUUUGAAUGCUGCGCAUUAAAACAGAGGCUGUAUUCCUGAAAUAGGCCGGUGAAGUUGAAUGAGGCAUUUUUUGAGUCUGACAUGGAUUUUUAAAAAUUGUUCGUUUGCUUUAUAUGUUCAUAUAACCUUUUUUUAAUUUUAUUUGAACGUAUUUUAUUGUCCGGGUGUUAUAACAUCCGGUCAAUACUGCAUAUUGUUCUAUAGUGUUAUUCUUUCUACUGUUUUUUAACGACUUGUACCAAUAUCGUCACAAUACCGAUUAAAAAUACUCGACUAAUUCUGCAUCAGGAGUAUAAUCAUAGUAUAGUAAUCAAUACUAUUAUUCUACUGAUGCCUAAUGUAACCAGAUGGGAGUGUUAUAUUUAUUUUUGACACAAGUCGAGUAACAUUAGCAGUGCAUGUUUAUGAGUUUUUAUUACAAGGAUUCGUGAUGAGGUCUCAUCCGAAGGACCGCCCCAUUUAGUCGUGAUUUACGACAAGCAAGGGUCUUGAGGACCUAUUCUAACCCGGAUUCCCACGGAUUUGCAUAACUGGAAACUUAAUAUUAGAAUGAAGGAGGAAAUCGACAAAAUUCAAGAUUGGACAAAAACCUUCCGGAAUAAACUAAUAAUUUAUUGUCAUUUUGAAAUUUGUACAACCGUAAAUUUUACAUACGUGUAUAUGUUUUUCAUUUUUUUUCUUCUUGGGUAUUCAAAGUUCAAUAUAACUAAUAAAAAAAAAUAGAAUUGAUAGGGUUAGCGCUUUCGCCCUUGCAUGAUGUUGCUUAGCACACCAUAACAUGACAUGAUGUUCCGAAGAAAGAAAUGCACCAAUUUUGGAGGAUUUUGCAUUGGAAGAACUGUCCGAACAUAUUUACUAUUUAUUGCUAUGUGUAAUAUGUUGAGAUAUGUACAUGCAUGUAUACAAUACAAAAGAAAAAAUAUGUUAUAUGAUUCAGUUCAUUAUUAACACCCUUACAAUACCCGUACCUUUAUUGUGUAAACGUAAAUACAUGUAUUAAGAAUAAGACACGCAGCAACUAGGAUUAUUUCAUUUUUCGUUCAACAUUUCUUUUUCUUUUUUUCGUGGUUGAGCAAGAGAGAUCGAGUGUAUAAUUGAAUUAAUCAUAUUAAACGGAAGAACAUGGAGAUUUUCCCACGAAAAUAUCUAUCAACAAUAGUCUCAAAACUAUUCAUCGAUAAAUCUUCACAAACUUUAAUCCUCAGAAAAUUAUGAAAUCGUGGUAUUUAUUUCUCAGAUUUGUUUUAGACUUUUACUCUUAAAAACUUUGUAUGAGGUAUUUAUGCAUAGCAUGAAAUUAUAUAUUAUUUAUACCAUGA